CGCGCUGCUGUGAGUGCCCACGCCUUGUUGUUACUCGCUGCAAAUAGCGAUAGUUUCUCUAAAAUGCCGCCUUUGAAAUAGCAUCAACAUACAUUAAAAUGUGGAUACUGACACCCCUGCAGUCUGAAGGUGAGACCUACUAUCUUGUGUCCAGUAAGGAGUAUGUGGUGGGACGCAAGAACUGUGACAUCAUCCUAACCAGCGACCAGUCCAUCAGCAGGGCUCACGCUCACCUCACUGCUACUGACCAGACACUGACUCUGAAAGACACCUCCAAGUAUGGUACCUUUGUCAACAGCCAGCGUCUGACAGAAAACACACCAGUGAACCUGAAGUCAAGGGACGAGGUCACGUUUGGGGUUUUCCACAGUAAAUUCAGUGUGGUCCAUUUGAAGCCGGUGGUGUGUUCAUCAUGUUUGGACAAUGAUGGCAAAGCAUCACUCUCUCAGGCUCUGUCGGCUUUGGGUGGAAAUCUGGUCAACACCUGGACUGAGGACUGCACCCACCUGGUCAUGCCCACUGCUAAAGUCACCAUCAAGACUAUUUCUGCUCUGCUGUGCUGCCGUCCCAUCGUGAAGCCAGAGUUCUUCUCAGAACUCAGCAAAGCCGCUCAGCAAAAAAAACCUCCUCCUAAAGCUGAGAGUUUCAUCCCUGAGAUCGAUGAGCCUAGCCUCAGUAAAGAGGAUGUCAACCUUGGAGCGAUUCAACUUCGCAAACAGCUUUUUGCUGGAAAGACUUUCGUCUUCCUCAGUGCUAAACAGAUGAAGCGCCUGAGUGCAGCAGUGAGUUUUGGAGGUGGCAGAAGUCGACUGCUGGAGGAGAACCGUCUGCCCAAAGACCUGCUGGAGUCUCAGCAGAGCUGUGUAGUGGAUACUUCAACAGGCAGCUCCCAAACUCUGCUGCCCUCCUCCGCUAAUGAGUGGGCAAACUCUGUGAAGAAUAUUGUUCAAAGAAAAGGCCUCCGAGUCAUCACAGAGUCUGAAAUUGGUUUGGCUGCCAUCUAUGCUUCCUGUGACAAAUACUGCAAUCCAUGCAGUCUAAUACCGGACUCAGCACCAAAAGUUCCAACCAGAAUUCCAAGUGCUUCGCUGUCUCAGAGCACAGCGGUGGAUGAGACAGUGUUACCUGCUGCAUCUCAGAACAUCACAGCAUACGCAGCGAACACAGAGACAUCCCAAAGGACGCAGCGGUGUGUAGUGACAGAGGUGACAGCAGUGGGGGAGACUCCUGAGAAGAAGCAGAGCAGUCAGUUUGGUGGAUCCAAACCUGAAGCGCAGAAGAAGACCAGUCAGUGUGUCGUGGACGACACGAUGAGCUCAUCAUUCAACACUUUUGAGAAAACUGACUCGGAGAGGAAGAGGCCUGAGUCCAAACCGACAGUUUCAGGUGAAAGCAGUGGUGGCCUUUUGCCCCAGCCAUCUUUUCUAAAGCCCCAAAAAACAUUUGUACAGAUGCAAUCUCCUCAGAAACAAAGAGUCUCUGCACAAGCUUCCCCACAGAAACAGUCAACCCUGACCACUUUCUUUCAACCUGUCAACAAGAAAAGACCUUUGGAGGACGAUCUCUCUGCUGUUAUGUCAGAGCCCAAACGACCAGUACUGGAAUCAUCCAGCCGCAUACAGAAACAACACUCCUCCGUAGAAAGCAGCUCGCGUUCAGAGAGAGUCCCUGCAGUAACAUCCCAGGAGUCAGCAGCAGCUCUUUUUGUAGUACCGCCAAAGGCUGAGUCACACAGGGUCUCCCACUCCAUCCAGGAUGGACCACGGAGUGGGAAGAGGAAGGAGAUGGAAGCAGAGAUACAAAUGGAUGAACUGGAGUCUAUUAUGUCCGAGGAUAUGGACUUCUUUGAUGAACCUCCAUCAGGUAAACGAGUCGAGCAGGCCCGGAGUGUAACAACCAGCUCAACGGAACAGAAACACUUUGUGAAUACUGGGACGACUUCGUCAAUAAGCAAGAGGCAACGGAUCAAUGUAGAAGAGCAUGAAAGAAUUGAAAGGCCUCAGACAAGCCUGCAAGAGGAGUCAGGUUCCAAAAUGCAACACAACAAACCAUCUGGAAAUAGAACCUCCAUCAAGACAGAGCAGGUCAGUCCUGAGUACAGGAAAUCUUAUCAGUGCCAAGAUUUGAAACAACUCAAGGGAGACAUCUGCCAGCCCAAAGAAGAGAAACCGAUGCCUUUAAAGCCUGUAACGAUAAAACAGGAGGUCCAAGAGUCAAAGGUUGAUGAAGACCUUCCUCAAAAGCUGGUGUUGGUGGAGUUCCGAUCCCUCACUGUCACCGUUACUCCCAAAAACAAACCACAGAGGAUGACGGACAAUGGCUUCACAAAGAACUUCAAACGUUUCCGCAAGAUGAACGUGCCAGGUGCACAGGGCCAGGCGCUAACCCACAUCAUCGGAGGCUCCGAUCUGCUGGUUCAUAACAGGGGCAAGAACUCUGAUCUGGAUGAAUGGCUGAAAGAUGCAGCGGAGGAGGAGCGUCAGAGCAAGCAGGACGAGAGUGUUGGAGAUGACCUCUUCAGGUACAACCCGACCAAAUUGACCAGGAGAAGAUGAGUCGCCUCCAUGUUGACAUCCUGCAGAAUGCAUUCAUUUUAAAAAAGGCAAGGAAGUAUGUCAAACCCUACGACACUUUAUUAAUCAUCUGCAUUUCAGCUAUAAUGCUAAUGGAUGUAGUUAGCAUAGUUCAUGUUGUUACAUGAUUGUAAUAUAAAAGGAUUGGAGUUGUUUGUGAAUGUUGCUCUCUUCCUGUUCUCUUAUUCUGUUGUUUUGUGCAUACUCUUCACUAAUGAAGCCACUGACACCAGGAAAUGUAAUAAAACAGUCUCACGUUCA